AUGCCUUCAGUUCGAACAUCCGAGCACAAUGCCGCUGAGCUUCAGGAAGAAGGCGCUCAAGUCGGGCCGGUGCUCGAGGCGCCAGCGUCUACAGACGACAGCCUUGAAUAUCCGUCUGGGGUCAGAUUAGGUUUCAUCAUCGUUGGACUCUUGCUAUCGAUGUUUCUUGGCGCACUGGAUUCGACCAUACUCGCUCAGGCAAUCCCCAGCAUCACCGAGUCCUUCCCCGGUGUCGCCAACAUCGUAUGGUACAGCACCGCAUACUCGAUCAGCAACACUGCGUUCAAGCUGGCAUGGGGCCGAGCGUACCAAAUGUACGCCAUCAAACCCACAUUCUUGGUGUCAAUGGCGUUGUUUGAAGCCGGGAACAUAGUCUGUGCUGUCGCGCGAUCGGCUGCAGUGGUCAUCAUUGGAAGAAUCGUUGCCGGGCUUGGAGGGGCUGGUCUCAUGUGCGGCAGCUUCAUCAUAUCGGCGAGGUGCGUCACAAAGAAGUAUCGACCCAUGAUGAUGGGCGUGACAAGUCUGGCUUUCGGCAUAUCGAGUGUGGCUGGGCCUGCUAUGGGUGGUGCAUUGGUCGACUCUCUGGGCUGGCGGUGGUGCUUUUGGAUCAAUUUGCCACUUGGCGCGUUGGCUGCGGGUCUGAUGAUGGCAUUUUACAAGAGGGCAAGUCAGGCUGUCUCAGGCCAGACUACGCUCUUGCAGCGUAUCGAGAAUAUGGACCUUGGGGGCGCUGUGCUCGUCGGCGCAUCGCUAGUGUGCUUUGUUCUCGCAAUGCAUUGGAUAGGCACCCUCCCGUGGAGAAGCCCGCAGAUCAUUGGAAGCCUCGUUGGAUUCGUUCUGCUCGCAGUCGUAUUCGCAAUCCACCAACGACUCAUGGGACCCAAGGCCAUGUUUCAACCCCGAUUGCUCAAGAACCGAACCAUUGCGGCGAGUUGCACAUUUGCCUUUUUCUUCUCUGGAGUCCUCUUUCCGCUGGAAUACAUCUUGCCGAUCCAAUUCCAGGCUCUUGGUGGCGAGUCCGCGGCUGCCAGUGGUGUUCGGAUCAUACCACUUCUAGUGACUGUGAGUGUCUUCACUCUUGUUGCCAACGGCAUCCUCACCCUCAGGCCAACGUUUUCUCCCCUGUUUGUGUUUGGCGCGCUGGCGGGUACCGCGGGGGCUAUCGUAAUGUACAAAUUGGAUGCACAAGCUGCCGCCAGGCAGUGGAUUGGCGCCGAGAUCCUCACCUCCAUCGGCGUGGGUCUCGCGCUGCAACUGCCCAUCAUGGCCAAUGUGGCUGCUGUUGGUACCGAGGACAUCCCGAUGGCGACCUCACUCGCGUUGUUCUUCGAGAACGUUGGGACGACCAUUUUUGUAUCUGCGAGUGACGCCGCUUUCACUGCUGGUCUCGUCGAGAGCAUCGCACAAACGACAUCCAGUGUAGACUUGCAUGCGCUGAUCAACGCUGGGGCAACAAGUCUGCGCACGACAUUUCCAGCAGCGCAGUUGUCGGCAGUCCUAGGUGCGUAUGAAGAGGGCUCUAGGCAGAGUCAUCUCGUGCCAGUCGCUUGCGGCAGUGCUGCGUUGCUGGUUGCCAUUACCAGUGCCCUGCCAUCAGCUAUUAAGGGGCUGCGGAAGUAUGCAUCCGGUCGAGAGAGGCUCUCGCAGCGUGUGCAUGUGAGUUAG